AUGGAUUCUCCUGUAUUUAAAAUAGGGAUGAAGUUUGCAGACAUAGAGGAGGUUAGACAAGCAGUCAAUGCAUACAGCAUCAGGAACAGAGUGAAGAUAAGGAAAAUAAAAAAUAACAGAGCAAGAGUUCAUGCAGUAUGUGAUGAAGGGUGUCCAUGGUUUCUCAAGGUUGGCACUGAUUUUCAGAGAUCAGGUGGUUUUGUGGUAACAGCUUAUGAAGAUGAGCACAGGUGUGAGAGAGUCUAUGAAAUGAGGGCACUUACUGCUAGGUUUCUAUGCAAGAAGUUCAUUGAUGAAUUCAGGGACAACCAAAAAAUGGAUCUGCAAACAUUUGCUGCUAAGGUGCAAAGAGAGUUCAACAUGUGCCCUGAUAGGUGGAAGCUUGGAAGAGCAAGAAAAGAAGCUCUGCUGGAAAUCCAUGGCAAUGAGGAAGCACAAUUCAGUGUACUAAGGGAUUAUGGCCAAGAGCUAAAGAGAGCUAAUCCAGGAAGCACAUUCUUUCUAUCAACUAAUUCUGUCAAAGAUCCAAGCAGUGGCAUUGUCAAGGAACAUUUGGCAACAAUGUAUUGGUCUUAUGAUGCCUGCAAAAGAGGUUUUCUCAGUGGAUGCAGGCCACUUAUUUGCAUUGAUGGUUGCCACAUUAAGACAAGGUACAAGGGAGUACUGUUAACUGCAGUUGGCAUUGACCCAAAUGACUGCAUUUUCCCCAUUGCUAUGGGCAUGGUUGAGGUAGAAUGCACAAGUGCAUGUGAGUGGUUUCUGACAACCUUGAGGGAUGACUUGAACAUUAGUAACACAUCUUGA